CAAAUGUAGCCUGCAGGUGACUCCCAUUUGGCCUGCCAAGAGCAUGAAGUGACAAAAUUCUGCACACAGUAAAUAUUGURUYAYGUUGACUGAAGAAUGUCUCAUGUGUCAACUGGAUUAUUUUAGUGCUUUAGAAUUAGGGGACCUAAAUAUUUGAGUUGGUGCUUUUGAGUUAGUGCAACUAAUAUUUAGAUCAGUCCUGCCCACCCCUGCUAACCAACCUCCUGCAUAGUCAGACUGGAAGGCUCUUGGAGUGAAGGUGAAGCUGCGCCACCAAAUAGUGGAUGAAACCAGCAGAAGACAGUUGUUUGGUCACAAAAUAAAAACAUCAAAAGAYAGUCAAAAUAAAGAAUUUAAUGGGUCACCACCCAUCGGGUCAGACGCAGACAUGUUUACACAGCUUGAUGUUUGAAGCGCGGGGGGUGACUUUCCUGYAUCUUCUUUACGCAMGAACGAUUAUUUGUGCCAGGUUUUAGUGAUAUAAAAAGGAGUGGUGAGUUCACUCAGAGCUAGACGCACUUUGGGUCGUUUUCUGCCACUCCUAACGCUGUUUGGUGACUCCACCUGGACAGGGACAAUGUAUGCAGACAUUGUGCUUUUCGUCUUCAUGUGCUUGACCGCCGGCCAUGCGGAUCACCAUCACCAACCUUGCCAUUCACACAACAUGAGUGGACUAAUGAAUGUGCUGUCCUUAAAGGGUGAAAUAAGAGCAGUCGGUACAUUCACCUACGACUCGGUGGGCCAGAAGCUGCGGUUCCAGUCGAACGAGAGCCACCCCACAAACACUUCGAUCGCUUUGGAUCUGCUGAUGUUUUUUGAAGAGGGGAUUUUUUACGAGAUCGACAGCAAAAACCAGAGCUGUGAGAGAAAGAAACUGCAAAUGACCUCGCACCCACUUGAUAUUCCCGACAACGCCAAGUUUGUCGGCACGGUGACCUCUGGGAGUUCUUCCAUCGAAGGCGAGGGCUUGAAACUCAACACUUGGGGAGGAAAGCUGAAAAAAAUGAAAGACGGAGUGGAUGGUUCCUACUCCAUGUCUGUAACCAUGGGAUGUUUGCCUGUGAACACUUUCUAUUUCACUGAGACCACAUCAUUCCUUUUCAGUACCUACGAUGUUGACCUUGAGAUCAAGGAUCCAGAUCUGCUCGUGGUCCCCUCGUUUUGUCGUGGGAAGCCUUUGGAGGACACYCCUGAGGGGACAGUAAACAGCUUCCUCCACGAGUUCAUGUAGACGAAAACCAGCCAGCAGAAAACCGAACCUCUAUCCAAACGACUUACCUGAGCUGUUGCCUUUUCUCUCUCUCUCUCUCUCUCUUUGUUUUCAUGCAUGAAUCCAGUUCUGUUGACACUGCAGUGCAUCACAUCGUGAUUCCACCCCCCAUGACAUAGUAUCUUUGCGCUGAUCACAUUAAAUACACACACUCUGAUGUAAAUAGGUUAAAAACAUGGCAUAAAAAUUAGUCAGAAUCACUAACAACUCGUGUGUUUUCAAGAUGGCACCACUUAUAAAACAUGAUUAAUGGAUGAAUAAAAUGUCAAAGCUGUGA